CCAAAAAAAAAAAAAAAAAAAAAAAACCAGGAGGAGGAGGAGAAAGAUGGAAGAGAAUCACGAAGAAGGAGAAGUGGAGAAAGUGUAUGUAGCAGUGGGAAACAAUGUGGAAGAUGGGUACAAGACCAUUGAUUGGGCCCUCAAGAAGUGGAACUCAAUCCCAAUCUCCAUGGUCAUCCUCCAUAUCUGCAAUAUCUCCAAUGAUUUUGUUUACACUCCUUUCGGGAAGCUUCCGGCAAUCUCAGUCAGCGAGGAGAAGCUUCAAGUUCUCAGAAAGUACGAGGAAGAAAAGAUCGACAAGUUACUUUCCAAAUACAUUGCUUUCUGCGGCAAGGUGAAGGCAGAGAUAUUCAAGGUUGAAAAACAAGAUGAUCCAAUCCAAGUGCUCAUAGUAGAUUUGAUCUCCAAGCUUAACAUCACCAAACUCGUCAUGGGAAUCACCUUCAUGAGAUCAUCAUCUUGGAAAUCGAAGAGUGCGAUAAGUGGAUCAUUCUACGUUUAUCAAAACAAGCCCGAAUUUUGCGAAUUUUACAUAAUAUGCGGAGGGAAAAUGGUGGCACUGAAGAGAGAGAACGACGGCAACAACAACAACAUCAGAAACUGGAUUGGUAAGAUGUUCCAUGAUCCGACAAGAAAUCUGGACCGUUCAUCCUCCAUCAGCGAAGAUCCAUGGGAUAAGAAUGCCAGAGAAACAGAAAAUUACCUGCAGCUUUUAUUAAGUUUAAAUUUAGAUGAAGAAACAGAUAACAAUGGCGUUGAUGAAGGGGAAUAUGAUGAUGAUGAUGAUGAUGUGGAGCUCGGUGUGCUUCAACACAUGGACUUGGCAGAAAAGAUGGAGUAUAUGAAGAGAAAAACAGAAGAGGCAAGAGAGAUGAUGGAGAAGAACAAGAGAGAGGCCAAAUCCAAUGCUGAAAGAUACGCCAAAGCUGAAUGGGCAGUCUCUCUAUGCAGCAACAGAAUAGAAAAACUCGAAGCCCGGAUCAAUGAAGAAGGCAGACGACGAGUCAAGAUUCAAGAAACCUUAGACAUGGAAAGCGAGCAGCUUGAUGAAGUCGCCAGAGAUGUGGAAGAGGGCAAGGCAAAGCUGAGUUCACUCUCUGAGCUUCAGAGAGAGCUCUCGAGCAAGCUCCGGUCCCUAACAAUGGCUAAAUCACAGGCAGAGGCUCAGCUGGAGAAGGUUGUGUCAGAGAGAGGCAAAAUGAUCGAAGACAUCGAGAAACUUAGGCAUCAGAGAGAUAUUUUCAAUCGCAGGAUCGAGUUCUGUAAGGAGAAAGAUGCAAUAGGGUUGGUCUCGAGGUUGAAUGCUGGUGAAGAUGCAAGGUGCAGAUACACGGAAUAUGCAUCGGAGGAUAUCAGGUUGGCCACUGACGAUUUUUCUGAUCGGAGGAGGCUAAAAUCUGGUGGCAACUGGACAAAAGUUUACCGGGGAAGGAUCAAAAGUACAACUUUGGCAGUCAAAGUGAUCGGAGAUUGUCUGUCUGAUCAGGACUUCCGAGCUAAGGUGGAACUGUUGAGUGAGAUCAGACAUCCUCAUCUGGUAGCCAUUGCUGGGUUCUGCUCCGAGCCUAAAUGCAUACUUUUCGAGUAUAUGCAUAACGGGAACUUGAGGGACAGUCUAUUCACAUCGCAGAGAAAAUCAGGACGAAGCCGGAUACUUAAGUGGCAUGAAAGAGUUCGGAUAGCUUACCAGGUUUGCUCUGGUUUAGGGUUUCUCCACUCCGCAAAGCCCAGACCUAUCGCCCAUGGCCAUCUGACUCCCUCAAAAAUCCUCUUGGACCGCAACCUCGUGCCGAAAAUCAGCGGGUUUGGACUUACCCUACACAGUGAUCAAUCCGAUACAAAACCUGAUAUCAGGGCUUUUGGGGUUUUGCUUCUGCAUCUCUUGACAGGGAGGAACUGGCCUGGUUUGCUCAAAGCCAUGACGAUGAACCAGACAGCUGUUCUGAGAGAUCUGGACGAAAUGGCGGGUAAGUGGCCAUUAGAGUUGGCAAAGGAGCUUGCUACUUUGGCGACGACGUGUUUGUCCAUUAACCGGGGAGCGUACAUGGAUCUGGGAAUUGGAGUGAUAAUGGAGGAGUUGGGAAAGAUAAGGCAGAAGGCAGACGAGUUUAGGACCAGAGGUGGAUAUGACGAAGCAACCAACGGAAACAUCCCCGAGGAAGAACAUACUGAUGUACCAUGUGUUUUCCUCUGCCCUAUAUUUCAGGAGGUAAUGAAGAACCCGCAUGUAGCCGCAGAUGGGUUUUCGUAUGAGCAAGAAGCAAUAGAGGAGUGGCUGAAGAUGGGACACGACACUUCGCCCAUGACAAAUCUGAGACUGGACCAUCAGUUCCUGACCCCAAACCACACACUUCGGUCUCUCAUCCAAGACUGGCAUAGCAAACAAGCAGCAGCACGAGCAUCCUCCUAGAUCUUUCACAUUAGCACAGUAUCAAUCUUUGACAAGCUGAUUUCCCGUUUACAGAUAAUAGAAUGUAAGGUGUUCUGAUUCAGUAUCUGACAAAGUUUCGAUC